UCUUGAGCGUAUUUUAGUCGCAUUCAUGAUUUUAUAUAGAUUAGUUCGUUAGUGAGCAAGAGCACUCGCAGCACUAUCUUUUUCGUAAAGUUUCCGUUCGACAAACAUAACUUCACGUAUUGUUUUUCUUUUUUUCUUUCUUCUUCUGUGCAUUGUUUUAAUCUAAAUGGAUAUUUUUAUCUUGGUACAUUGUCAACAGGGCAAAAAUAAUAAGUGAUUGUGCUAUUUAAAAAAAAAUAAAUACAUAAAUCUUGUUUUCUUCACGUAUUUCGAAAGGAACUUUUUCGAUUGAUUUUUAAUUUAUUAUUUUAAAAUUUCAAGUGAAUUUAUACAUUGAUUUUUAAAUCAAAUCAGUAAGAUCUCUCAAGUGGAUAGUGCUUUGUGUUUGGUCAAAAAAAAAAGGAAAUUGUUGCAAUUUGCAACAAGAAAGUAUAUAAGUAUUAUAUAAGUUUUUUUUGUGGGGAAAGUAAUUCUCCUUUCGACAGAAAGAUCUGUCCGGUGAUUUUGGCAAAUUAAGAGGCCUCUGAGACACAAGAGUACAAGAAAAUCCAAGAAUUAUGACAACGGCAGAACAACGACGGUUGUCCUUUGCAAGACGUGCUGAGAGUUUGGUGGAGCGGGUGAGAUUUUUUAACACUAUCUAUGAGAGAUAUGUCGUCAAUACAGAUAGAAGUGGAGAAAUUCAUGUCACAGUACAGGGUGACUUGACGCAGCAAGAGAAGCGAGCUGUUUUCAUGACCGUACACGAUUUGGGAUGUAAUCACACAUCAUUCCAGGAAUUUGUGAAUAGCCCUUGUAUGACAGAAAUCAAGGAACGUUCGUGUUUCAUUCACAUCGAUGCACCAGGUCAUGGGGACAAUGCUGAUCCCCUGCCUGAUAACUUCAAUUUCCCUUCACUCCAAACUCUGGGUGAGGACCUGGUGACUGUACUGGACUUCUUGCACGUGAAGUAUGUGAUUGGCCUGGGUGAGGGUGCUGGGGCAAAUGUGAUGGCUCGAUUUGGGCUUGCCCACUCCUCACGAUGCCUCGGCCUCAUUCUCAUCAACUGCACAGGAAGUGCAGCAUCAGUAUUGGAAACAUUUAAGAACAAGUUCAUCACUUGGAAGGCUGAUGAAGUUGCCAAAUCUGCUGAGUCUUUUUUGGUUUACCACAAAUUUGGCCAUUUGCAAUAUUUACAUGAGCAAUUGGUUGGUGAUAAUCCGGACAAGGACAAAGUGAUUGCAGACUUUCAGAGUCGCCUGCGUGGUAAACUGAACAAUAAGAACUUGGGACAAUACGUGAAGGCAUUCAUGAGCCGCAAGGACUUGUCACUGAAGGCGUGCAAAGUGGACAUUCUUCUCAUAACAGGCAUGCUGAGUCCAUAUGCCACAGUCGUUGAGAAAUUGUUCAGGGACCUCGACAAGGAGAAGGUGACCAUGUUAAAAAUCGAACGUGCUGGAGACGUCUUGGCAGACGCUCCCGCCAAAGUGGCACAGUCCAUCCUGCUAUUCUGCAAGGGUCAGGGUCAACUGACGUCUGUUGUGAUGCCGGGCGUUGAUCGCUCUCGUGCUUACUCAACCAGCUCCGGAGGCUCCAAUGACGGUGGAAAUACACCCGUAGGUGCCCUCUCGAGGCGACUAUCGCGUGGGAUGUCCAUGGAGGAAUACGACAAGCCCAACAUCCGGCGACUUAGUAUCACAGUCAACGAUCAGUUGCCACCCAUCAAGAAGUAAAUUUAAUUUUUGUGGCAUUCAAAUCUAACAAAAAAAAACGGAUAAUCAUUUGAUGCAAUGCCAAAUUUUACCACUGAAGAAAUUUUAUCAUAUUUAGUGAAAAAUUUUAGCAAUGACAGAAAAAAAAUCAUUGAUAUACUGUUUAAAAAGAGUUUUAAAAAAAAAGAGCUAACAAAACAUUUUCUGAGUGAGCACUAUCACUUUUCAUGAGAGAGAUUUACAGAAAAUCUCCUAAAAUUCUACUUUCUAUCACACAUCCAUUUCUUCAUGAAAUAUGCAUAAAAACUAAAAAAAAAUACAUGGUGCACAAAAUGAACCAAAAUCUUCAUUGAAUCACAAUAUACUGUAAUAGAUGGAUAAACGUAAAUGAAAAAGAAAUAUUUUUAACCAGCAAUAAAAAAAUAAAUAAAAAUAGAAAUAAGAUAACUAUAUAUCUCGUCGUUAUGCCAAUUAGGGCUCAUUUAAACGGGGAUAUUAUGAAAUACAUCUCACUGUGCUAUUCGUUUGUGAGUCUUAGGAAAUCUCCUUUAGUGGUUUGUUUCUUAGAUAAAUUUCUCUAUUGUCUGUUAUAAUCUCCCGAAGUGUGUCUUAGCUAGAUCUGCUAUUAGAAUCAAGUGUUUUUCUGUUUCGAAUUAAGUUGUUUUUCAGUGAAUUUUUUAUUUCGAGAUCCGUUCGUUUUGAAUUAUAACUCGAAUUGGACAAAUUAUCCAGUCGAUGGACUGCUCAGAAGCGUCACAUUUUAUUGGGGAUGCUUCAGCAGGUGAUAGUGCUUGACCAUAUCAACCUGGAAGCAUGUGACCAUGUGAAAAAUUUUUGAGAUUGGUUUUAUGAGCCCUCUGCGCCAUAGAUCAUUACGUUUUAAAUUUCAAUAUUUGUUUUCAAAAGCAAACAUUGAGAGCCAUGUUGAACUACGAAACAUUUCGAAAUAAAAUAAAAAUACAGUCAUUUUAUUUUAGCCUAGACACACACGAGGACUUUAUAACGCAGAAAAUUAUUUUUUAAAUUACAAUUUCCGUUUCUGUGAACAGAAAUUCAGAACCGUGUGACUGAAUUUAGAAACACUAUGAAAUAAAAUAAAAAUCUCUGUUGAUUUUCUAUUUUAGCCUAGACACACUAGAGGAGUUUGUAACACAGAAAAUUAAUUUUUAAAUUACAAUUUCCGUUUCUGUUAACAAAAGUUCAAAUCCGCGUGACUGAAUUUCGAAUCACUUUGAAAUAAAAUAGAAAGUCUGUUGAUUUUCUAUUUCAGCCUAGACACACUCAAGGAUUUUAUAACAGAGGAUAAUUUUCUAAAUUUCAAUUUUCGUUUUUGUGAACAAAAUUCAAUACCAUGGAACUGAACUUCGAAUUACUUUGAAAUAAAAUAGAAAAAGUCUGUUGAUUUUCUAUUAUAGCCUAGACACACUCGAGGAUUUUAUAACAGAUGAUGAAUUUUUAAAUUUCAAUUUUCAUUUUUUUUAACAGAAGUUCAAAACCAUAUAAUUGAAAUUCGAAAUAUUUUGUAAUACAAUAAAAAACUCCAGCAGAAUUUUAUUUUAGCCUAGACAUACUCGAGGAGUUUAUAACAGAUUAUGAUUUUUUAAAUUAUAAUUUUCGUAUUUGUAAAUACAUUUUAGAACUGUGUGGCUAAAUUUCGAAUCACUUUGAAAUAAAAUAGAAAGUCUGUUGAUUUUCUAUUUUAGCCUAGACACACUCGAGGAGUUUAUAACAGAGGGUGAUUUUUACAUUUCAAUUUCCGUAUUUUGUGAACAAAAAUUCAAUAUCACGGACCUGAACUUCGAAACACACUGAAUAAGAUAGAAAGUCUGUUAAUUUUCUAUUUUAACCUAGGCACACGAGGUGAUUAUAACAGAGAAUUUCUUUUUAUUUCAAUUUUCGUUUUUUUGUGAGCAGAACUUCAAAUCCGCGUGGCUGAACUUCGAAACAUUUCAAAAUGAAAUAAAAAGACCAGCAGAAAUUUUAUUUUAGCCUAGACACACUCGAGGAGUUUAUAACAGAGGGUGAUUUUUACAUAUCAGUUUUCAUAUUCGUAAGUAAACAUAGAAAACCAUAUUAAAAUUCGAAAUACACUGAAAUAACAUAGAAAGUCUGUUGAUUUUUUAUUUAAGCCUAGACACACUCGAGAAGAUUAUAACAGAGGAAGAAUUUUUAAAUUUCAAUUUUUUCGUUAACAAAUGUUGAAAUACAUGUGACUGAACUUUGAAACACUUUGAAGUAAAAUAGAAAUUCUGCUGAUAUUCUAUUUAAGCCUAGACACACACGAGGAGCUUAGAACAGAGGAUGAUUUUUUAAAUUUCAAUUUUCUUUUUUGUAAACAGAAGUUGAAAUCUGUGUGAUUGAGCUUCGAAACACUUUGAAAUUAAAUAAAAAGUUCAGCAGACAUUUUAUUUUAGCCUAGAUACAUUCGAGGAGAUUAUAACAGAAGAUAAUUUUUUUAAUUUCAAUUUCCGUUCUUGUUAAGAAAAAUUUAAAAGAAUGUCAUUGAACUUCAAAACAAACUGUAAUAAAACAGAAAUUCAAUUAAUUUUCUAUUCUAGCCUAGACACACUCGAGAACAUUAUAACAGAACAUGAAGAAAUUUUAUUUCAGGAACAAACGACCAGGGGAAAUUUAGCCGAGACUCACCGGUACAUAGUACAGUGAGGUACAUUUCACAAUAUCUUUGUUUAAAAGGCGCCUAGAACAUAUACAAAUCCCUUUUAAACUCACACAAGAAACACACUUGAUAAAAAAGAAUAUACAGAAAUAAAUAUUUUAGAAGGAUAAAUCGUGAAAAAGAUAUCAUUAGAUUUGUGACGUGCUUCUAAUGCUCUGUAAAAUGUACUAAAAAAAAAAUUGUGAAUUGCUGCUCUUUGGCUUAGAUGAAAAACAAAAACCAAAAAAAAAACAAAAAUAUUUUUAACUUUGGACUUGUA